AUGGGUAGCCACGACUUUUCGAACAACAAGCCAGGUGCUAAAUUCGCAUAUAAACCCACCAACACCCUGUUCUCGUCCCAGAAGCCAGACUUCUCCAAAUUUCCUCGACGAGUUAAACGAACCAUCGCUCGAGCGCCUCAAGACCACGAUACCGCCCCUCCUCAUAUUUGCAGCACCGCAGAACCUCUCCCCAAAACCUUUCCCUUGCAGGUCCUACGGCCCGCCAUGGUCAACGAGCGUGCGCCCCCGAAGGCGUCGGCGCCACUACGCACCAUGUCGUCAAGCCAAGACAACAUCCGACGCGACCAGACUCCAGACGAUGACGACGACUUUGACGUUAUUAGUGCCAUGAAAGGUCUCUCCUCCGUCAAGAGUUCUGUAAUACAGAGCUUGCAAGAUCCCGCCCACCCCUCCGGCUCGACGGACCGGCCUCGAUUCGGCCAUCCCCAGAUGCUCUCUUCGCGGCAGCAAAAGGCUAGCAGCGUUUUCAUCCACCAGAAGACGAGACCCGAGCACCACCUGGACGCCAGAAAGAUCCAGCAACCGCAGGCACCAAAGUACAAGGAUAGGAAGGCUCCUCCCUUGGCAGUGUUUGAGUCCAAUGUGUUCGCUGCCCCGCACUCUUCCUCCGGCAGGACUGGCAGCGGCGAAGUAUUCUAUACGGACCCCAACAAGGCCAGCGCGGACCUCAAGGACCUCCUCGAAGGUGUCAUGGAUGAUGAGGAAGAAGAGUCGUCUGACGAGGCAAAAGAUGAAAAGCCGAAGGAGGAAGUGAAGGAGGAGGAAGACAACAAGAGACCAGGCAUCGUCGACCCAAAGACUGGCACUGUACCCGGUCUCAAGGUCAAGCUGCUGCCGCAUCAAGUGGAAGGUGUAGAGUGGAUGCGUGGCCGUGAGCUCGGCCCAGUCAAGCGAGGCAAGGUGCCCAAGGGCGGUAUCCUCGCCGACGACAUGGGUCUGGGCAAGACCUUGCAGACAAUCACGCUCAUUCUUAACAACCAGAAGCCCAAGCCCGAAGAGAAGGCGUGGAAGAAGCAUUACGAAGCAAUCAAUAAGGCAACCCUCGUCGUGGCGCCAUUGGCUCUCAUCAGGCAGUGGGAGGCUGAGAUCAACGAGAAGAUUGCCAAGCAGCACCAGCUCAAAGUCUGCGUGCAUCAUGGCCCCAACCGUACUAAGAGCUUCAAAGAACUGGCCUCAUACGACAUUGUUGUGACGACCUACCAGAUCCUGGUGUCUGAGCACGGAAACUCCUCACCGGCAGAUGACGGACCGAAGACGGGUUGCUUCGGCCUCCACUGGUGGCGAGUUGUCCUUGACGAGGCCCAUACAAUCAAGAAUCGCAAUGCCAAGGCAACAAAAGCCUGCUACGCUCUGCGUUCUGAAUACCGGUGGUGCCUUUCUGGCACACCCAUGCAGAACAACCUGGAUGAGCUUCAAUCCCUGGUCAAGUUCCUCCGUAUCAAGCCUUAUGAUGAUCUCAAAGAAUGGAAAGCGCAGAUUGAUCACCCUCUGAAGAACGGCAAAGGCCACAUUGCCAUUCGGAGAUUGCACAGUCUGCUUCGAUGCUUCAUGAAGAGACGAACCAAAGAGAUUCUGAAAGAGAAGGGAGCUCUGAACCCUGGCGGUGAGCCAUCCAAGGAGGGCGAAGCCUCGUCGACUGGGUUCAAGGUGACCGAGCGAAAAGUUGUAUCUGUCAAGACCGAUCUGUCUGCUGCCGAGCGUAAAUUCUACAACAAACUCGAAGCUCGUGCUGACAGGAGUAUCGAGGCUAUGAUGGGCGGCAAGGUGAACUACGCAAGUGCGCUGACCCUGCUGCUGCGAAUGAGACAGGCAUGCAAUCAUCCCAGGUUGAUCGCUGGCAAGUUGGACAGCGAUGCUCUCUCUGCGGAUAUGAGCCAAAAGCCCCCUCAGGAUGCUGAUGUCGAUGCCAUGGCUGAUAUGUUCGCCGGCAUGGGAAUAGCAUCCCGGAGCUGCAAUGUAUGUGGCUUGCAACUUGGGUAUGAUGACAACAAGAGCGGAAGAGAAACAUGCUCGGCCUGUCAGGAAGAUCUCGCCCUAUUUCAGAGCGAAGUGAGCACGACCCAUGUGAAGCCAAAGAAGGAGAAAAGGAAGAAGACCAAGUCCAAAUCUAAAUCUAAGUCUAAGUCCAAGUCCAAGGAGAAGAAAGAGGAGGAGGCCGACUCCCCUAUCAAGAAGACGUCCCGCCGGCCGAGGAACCGCAACGCUAUUGUUGACAGCGACGAUGAGGACGAGGAAGAAGCCGGUAGCUGGCUUGUCCCUGAAGACGAGCGUGGAAGCACCAAUCUGGGCAAGGCUGGAGGUGAGGAAGACGAGAACGCUGAGGGAGGCGGCGAUUGGAUUGGAUCUGACGAUUCAGAGGAGGAGGAAGAUGACGCAGACAAGGAUAAGAGCAAUCUGAGCAGCUUCGUUGUUGAUGAUGAAACUGCAAGAAAAGAAAAGGGUUAUACCUCCACUGCAGAAGAGAGCGACGACGACGACUCUCUACUUUCCAUCUCGGCUCUCACGAAACAGAUGGCUUCUCAGACGCUGGAGGACAAGCCCGCCUCUAAAGCGAAGCUGAAGGCAAAUGCGAUUUCCGAAACGGACGAGACUGAAGAGGAAGACUCCGACUCUGAAGAAUCAAGCACCGAAGAAUCCGACUCUGAGGCUUCAAGUGAGGAUGAAGACGAGGAUGACUGGGAUAUCCGUCACGGCGCCCGUGGUGUUGAUGUUGUAGCCUCAGCCAAGAUUCGCGAGCUCAUCAAGAUUCUCCAGAACGAAGCCAAAGAGCACAAGUUCAUUGUCUUUUCACAGUUCACCUCAAUGCUAGAUCUCGUCGAGCCCUUCCUGUACAAGGAGGGCUUUGUCUUUACGAGAUACGACGGUAGCAUGAAGAAUGAUCAGCGCGAGGAGAGUCUUAGCCGUCUUCGCAAGGACGCCAAGACCCGAAUUCUACUCUGUAGUUUGAAGUGUGGUAGUCUGGGACUCAACUUGACCGCUGCAACGAGAGUGGUUAUUAUUGAACCUUUCUGGAAUCCCUUCAUCGAGGAACAGGCCAUCGACCGAGUACAUCGUCUCACCCAAACCGUGGACGUCACGGUCUACAAACUCACGGCGAAGGAUACCAUCGAAGAACGUAUCGUUGACCUUCAGGAGAAGAAGCGUCUCCUCGCUGAGCAGGCCAUCGAAGGUGGCAUGAAGAAGGGAGCCUUCAAGCUCGGUCUCAACGAGAUUAUUGAGCUCUUCAAGCCGGGGAGCCACGCUGAGGAGAAUGCUUACGUUCCUGGCAGCACAGGUGACGUGCGCCAGGCCGCGAGAGACGCCGGUAGCGUCAUGAGAAAGAAGCCAGCCGGUCUUCAGAGACAGGAGAGCGAGGUGUAUGGUCGACGAUGGUAG